AUGAGCCCUGUCCACGUCCCCCUGCCCCUUCUGUCCACGUCCCCCUGCCCCUUCUGUCCACGUCCCCCUGCCCCCCCUGCCCCUUCUGUCCACGUCCCCCUGCUCCUUCUGUCCACGUCCCCCUGCCCCUUCUGUCCACGUCCCUCUGCCCCUUCUGUCCACGUCCCCCUGCCCCUUCUGUCCACGUCCCCCUGCUCCUUCUGUCCACGUCCCCCUGCCCCUUCUGUUCACGUCCCCCUGCUCCUUCUGUCCACGUCCCCUGCCCCUUCUGUUCACGUCCCUCUGCUCCUUCUGUUCACGUCCCCCUGCUCCUUCUGUUCACGUCCCCCUGCCCCUUCUGUCCACGUCCCCCUGCCCCUUCUGUUCACGUCCCUCUGCCCUUCUGUUCACGUCCCCCUGCUCCUUCUGUCCACGUCCCCCUGCCCCUUCUGUUCACGUCCCCUGCCCCUUCUGUCCACGUCCCCCUGCCCCUUCUGUCCACGUCCCCCUGCCCCUUCUGUCCACGUCCCCCUGCCCUUCUGUUCACGUCCCCCUGCCCCUUCUGUUCACGUCCCUCUGCCCCUUCUGUCCACGUCCCCCUGCCCCUUCUGUCCACGUCCCCUUGCCCCUUCUGUCCACGUCCCCCUGCCCCUUCUGUCCACGUCCCCCUGCCCCUUCUGUUCACGUCCCCUCUGCUCCUUCUGUUCACGUCCCCCUGCCCCUUCUGUUCACGUCCCUCUGCCCCUUCUGUCCACGUCCCCCUGCCCCUUCUGUCCACGUCCCCCUGCCCCUUCUGUCCACGUCCCCCUGCUCCUUCUGUUCACGUCCCCCUGCCCCUUCUGUUCACGUCCCUCUGCCCCUUCUGUCCACGUCCCCCUGCCCCUUCUGUCCACGUCCCCUUGCCCCUUCUGUCCACGUGCCCCUGCCCCUUCUGUCCACGUCCCCCUGCCCCUUCUGUCCACGUCCCCCUGCCCCUUCUGUCCACGUCCCCCUGCCCCUUCUGUCCACGUCCCCCCUGCUCCUUCUGUCCACGUCCCCCUGCCCCUUCUGUCCACGUCCCUCUGCCCCUUCUGUCCACGUCCCCCUGCCCCUUCUGUCCACGUCCCCCUGCCCCUUCUGUCCACGUCCCCCUGCUCCUUCUGUUCACGUCCCCCUGCCCCUUCUGUUCACGUCCCCCUGCCCCUUCUGUCCACGUCCCCCUGCCCCUUCUGUCCACGUCCCCCUGCUCCUUCUGUCCACGUCCCCUUGCCCCUUCUGUCCACGUCCCCCUGCUCCUUCUGUCCACGUCCCCCUGCCCCUUCUGUCCACGUCCCCCUGCCCCUUCUGUCCACGUCCCCCUGCCCCUUCUGUCCACGUCCCCCUGCCCCUUCUGUCCACGUCCCCCUGCCCCUUCUGUCCACGUCCCCCUGCUCCUUCUGUUCACGUCCCCCUGCCCCUUCUGUCCACGUCCCCCUGCUCCUUCUGUUCACGUCCCCCUGCCCCUUCUGUUCACGUCCCUCUGCCCCUUCUGUCCACGUCCCCCUGCCCCUUCUGUCCACGUCCCCCUGCCCCUUCUGUCCACGUCCCCCUGCUCCUUCUGUCCACGUCCCCCUGCCCCUUCUGUCCACGUCCCCCUGCUCCUUCUGUUCACGUCCCCCUGCCCCUUCUGUUCACGUCCCCUUGCCCCUUCUGUCCACGUCCCCCUGCCCCUUCUGUCCACGUCCCCCUGCCCCUUCUGUCCACGUCCCUCUGCUCCUUCUGUCCACGUCCCCCUGCCCCUUCUGUCCACGUCCCCCUGCCCCUUCUGUUCACGUCCCCCUGCCCCUUCUGUCCACGUCCCCCUGCGCCUUCUGUCCACGUCCCCCUGCCCCUUCUGUUCACGUCCCCUUGCCCCUUCUGUCCACGUCCCCCUGCCCCUUCUGUCCACGUCCCCCUGCCCCUUCUGUCCACGUCCCCUUGCCCCUUCUGUCCACGUCCCCCUGCCCCUUCUGUCCACGUCCCCCUGCCCCUUCUGUCCACGUCCCCCUGCCCCUUCUGUCCACGUCCCCCUGCCCCUUCUGUCCACGUCCCCCCUGCCCCUUCUGUCCACGUCCCCCUGCCCCUUCUGUCCACGUCCCCCUGCUCCUUCUGUCCACGUCCCCUUGCCCCUUCUGUCCACGUCCCCCUGCUCCUUCUGUCCACGUCCCCCUGCUCCUUCUGUCCACGUCCCCCUGCCCCUUCUGUCCACGUCCCCCUGCUCCUUCUGUCCACGUCCCCCUGCCCCUUCUGUCCACGUCCCCCUGCCCCUUCUGUCCACGUCCCCUUGCCCCUUCUGUCCACGUCCCCCUGCCCCUUCUGUUCAUGUCCCCUUGCCCCUUCUGUCCACGUCCCCCUGCCCCUUCUGUCCACGUCCCCCUGCCCCUUCUGUUCACGUCCCCCUGCCCCUUCUGUCCACGUCCCCCUGCGCCUUCUGUCCACGUCCCCCUGCCCCUUCUGUUCACGUCCCCCUGCCCCUUCUGUCCACGUCCCCCUGCCCCUUCUGUCCACGUCCCCCUGCCCCUUCUGUCCACGUCCCCCUGCUCCUUCUGUUCACGUCCCCUUGCCCCUUCUGUCCACGUCCCCCUGCUCCUUCUGUCCACGUCCCCCUGCUCCUUCUGUCCACGUCCCCCUGCCCCUUCUGUUCACGUCCCCUUGCCCCUUCUGUCCACGUCCCCCUGCCCCUUCUGUCCACGUCCCCCUGCCCCUUCUGUCCACGUCCCCCUGCGCCUUCUGUUCACGUCCCCUUGCCCCUUCUGUCCACGUCCCCCUGCGCCUUCUGUCCACGUCCCCCUGCCCCUUCUGUUCACGUCCCCCUGCCCCUUCUGUCCACGUCCCCCUGCCCCUUCUGUCCACGUCCCCCUGCCCCUUCUGUCCACGUCCCCCUGCUCCUUCUGUUCACGUCCCCCUGCCCCUUCUGUCCACGUCCCCCUGCCCCUUCUGUCCACGUCCCUCUGCCCCUUCUGUCCACGUCCCCCUGCCCCUUCUGUCCACGUCCCCCUGCCCCUUCUGUCCACGCCCCCCUGCCCCUUCUGUCCACGUCCCCCCUGCUCCUUCUGUCCACGUCCCCUUGCCCCUUCUGUCCACGUCCCCCUGCCCCUUCUGUCCACGCCCCCCUGCCCCUUCUGUCCACGUCCCCCUGCCCCUUCUGUCCACGUCCCUCUGCCCCUUCUGUCCACGUCCCCCCUGCUCCUUCUGUCCACGUCCCCUUGCCCCUUCUGUCCACGUCCCCCUGCCCCUUCUGUCCACGUCCCUCUGCCCCUUCUGUUCACGUCCCCUUGCCCCUUCUGUCCACGUCCCUCUGCCCCUUCUGUCCACGUCCCCUUGCCCCUUCUGUCCACAUCCCCCUGCCCCUUCUGUCCACGUCCCCCUGCUCCUUCUGUCCACGUCCCCCUGCCCCUUCUGUCCCCCUGCCCCUUCUGUCCACGUCCCCCUGCUCCUUCUGUCCACGUCCCCCUUCCCCUUCUGUCCACGUCCCCUGCCCCUUCUGUCCACGUCCCCUUGCCCCUUCUGUCCGUGUGCUCCUGA